AUGGCAACGCGUAACACAGCCAAGGAUCAUCUGUCAACACUCCCUAGCGAUAUACAACACAUAGUUUUCAGUCAUUUGACUUUUAAGGAACGAUGGCAUUAUGCCUCUGUAUGCAACGAUUGGCGCUCUGCGAUUUUGGAAUGGCAGGGCAUGUGGGAAAGUUUGUCAAUGGACGAUGGGCACAACAUCGUACCUGACCUCCUCCCGUAUCGAUCGUGCAUCCGUGGAUCUGUUGUAAAACAAAUACGCGUGCAAGCCAGCUAUGACAGAGAUCAUUCGACAGCUGUAAUUAAUUUCUUAACCGAUCUGAAUUGCGACGCGAUUGAAGAAGAUUUCCUAAAGUUAAUUGGUAUAUGUGGCAGCACACUUACCCGCGUUUCUAUCGCACACGACGAAGAGGACCAGACCAAUACUACCCCUGACAUGAUACUGUGUUAUUGCCCGAACCUUCGCCAUCUGUCCUACUAUGGUUUCGUAUAUGGCGGUGAACAAAAUAAACCACAGUUGGCGCCAUCGUUCAAACACCAGCAUCUCGUGGACUUGAGUUUAGAGUUUUGUAACAUUGAUAAGGAAGGCAGCUUUGAUCCGUUACCGUUCCUGAGAACAGCAACAAAUCUCCAGCGACUCUCCUUGUGCCUGUGUAAUAUCGUAGCAACUGGCCAUUCGCUUCCGUCGCUUUUACGUGAGCAUUGUCCAAAACUUGUAUCUCUUUUCCUCGCCGGUUAUGGGGAUGGUGGAACACUCGACCAGGCAGCAUACGACCAGUGCGAAUGGAAGUCGAAAACAGUGAAAAACCUCUCAACUACCAAACCUAUAUCUUCUUCUUUGGAGCGACUUGCUUUGCACGAUUCGCAAGAUUUCUAUAAUGGAUCGCAAGACCUUCUUUGUGCGAUUGCAAGAGAUUACCGAGAAAGCUUAAAGUUUUUAGAUCUUAAAGGAGCCACACUCACAUCUGAAAGUGUUUUCGGACGAUUAUCAGUACUCGUUUUCCCUUCCCUUAAACGCCAAUCGACAACGAUAUUGGAAGCCAUCGGUAUUGGCGCCAAAUCUUUGGAAACACUAGAGCUCAACUCCUGUGUAAGCAUCACUGCUGAUGCGCUAGCAAAGCUCUUGACGGUGUUAUUAGCGACAACAAAUCAGCAGACGGCACCACUACUACGUUCAAUAAAGUUCAACCAGGUCCCAGCAGCUGUGACACCUCAAGUCUUGGACGUGAUCGCUGAAAAGUCGAUGAACUCGAAUUCGACACAUGCAUCGAUGCCGGUCGUCUUAAAAGGAAACGGCGGUAUAAUGGAUCCGUUUCAGAUUUGCAGCUGUAAUAGAUCAUUCAGACAAAAGCGAUACUGCUCUGGAACAGAUUUUGGAAAAACUUGA